ACACAAUUGAUGAUGCUUCGGGUAUAGGGCUGCUAGUAUACUUCAGCUGCUCAUCAGCUGCUGUAUCUCUGUUUCGCCAUAUUGGCUUACGUUCUGCCGCAACUCAGCUUUUCCACAAAUCUGUCGAACUAUUUGUUACUAUUCCCGAUUGACGACGCAAUUCGAAUUCAUUCUGCGACCAAACCGUCGCCAACCUUUGCCUACUUCGCGAGUUGUACCUAUUUAUAAGCAUAUCUUAUAUAUAUGUAUAAAAAGCUGAACUAAUUUGCUUCGACAUGGGGUUACCUCCCCUUCGAGCCUCAGUCAAUGCGGUUGCCAUCUGACCGACACCAACUAGCGACUCUCCCGGAAUAACUCUAGAAGCAAGGAUGAAGGCACUGAUGGUCAUGCGGGCUUGGCCUACCCUGUUUCUCCUUGGUAGCAGCUUGUGGAUGGCUUCAGCGGUUGUCCGCGACAUGGGAAACCUACAAACCUACUGCGAGGGUGACGCGACCUUACCGGUUAACUGCCAAGUCCCCGACCCGCUGCCCUACGGCGACUACGCGCAAUUCCUCGUCACCGUGGCGCCCAACGCCACCUACGAUCUGGUCAUCGCAGUGGACUCCAAGGAGGGAGAUGUGGACAUCCAGCUGCUGGCCCCCAACCGCUCCACCGUGGUGGCCUCCUCCUCGGAGCGCAUCGGGGCGGACGUGGUGGCACUCAAGCGCACGCAGCUGGCGGCCUACCCGGGCAACUACGUGCUCAGCGUGCAGGCGGUGGGGACAGCGCUGUCAACAUACGCCAUCAAGAUCCAGACCGUCACCUCCCAGCCCCGCCUGGCGGCCUCCGAGGUGGCGCUCAUGGCCUCCAUCGCCGCGCAGUGCUGCUCGCCCGAUGACGACCUGUUGCCCGACUCCUGCAACACGCUCAAUGCGGCGGUGGCGGCCAAUGCGACGGCGGAUGAGGACCUGUGCGCGCAGCCGCCCAACAUGUGCAACAGUGAGGGUCACCUCACCAAGCUGGUCCUGACGGGCGGCGACACCGGCAACUUCGUGUGCCCCUCCUUCCCCGCCGAGCUGGGGCAGCUGGCGGCGCUGCAGGUGCUGGACUGGACGGGCAACGGACAAGUCGGUUCCCUCUCCUCCGUUGCCUCCGUGCUAGCCCCCCUGCUGGGCUCCUCCUCCUCCCGCGGCCCCCUGCGCCGCCUCUACCUGGGCCGCAACGCCCUCAGCGGGCCGCUGGGCUGCGAGCUGCUGGCCGGGGGGGCGCUGGAGGUGCUGGUGCUGGACUCCAACCUGCUCACGGGCACCGUCCCCGCCUGCAUGUUCACCUCCUCCUCGCUGCUGCAGCUCUCCCUGUCGUACAACCUGCUCUCCGGCGCCCUGCCGCAGCUGCCCGCCCCCUUUGCCUCCUCCCCCGGCUGCCCGCUCAUGGCGCUGUACCUGGCCGCCAAUGGGCCGCCCUCGGGGCCCUCCAGCAGCAACCCGGGAUUCCAGGGCUCCCUGCCCGCCAGCCUCAUCAAUGCGCCCAACCUGACCUACCUAGAUGUUAGCAGCAACAGCCUCACAGGCACCAUCCCCCCGCUCCCCACCAAGCUGCAAGUCUUCAAGGCGUCUGACAACUCGCUGACCGGCCCACUGCCGCCCUCCCUGGACGUGGCAAACGACCUGCGAGUGCUGGACCUGUCCAGCAACCAGCUGACCGGCUCCCUACCCGCCACCCUGACUGACAACCCGCUUCUGACGGUGCUGCGGCUGGCCAGCAACCACCUGAGCGGCCCCCUCCCGGGCGGCAAUUGGAGCUCCUUCCUGCUGGGCUGCGACCUCAGCAGCAACAGCCUGACGGGCGGCUCCCCCGAGGUGGUGCUGCUGCCCUCCCUCAUCGACCUCAACCUGGCGGACAACAGCCUCACGCUGGACAUGAAGGCCGUCUCCUCCCGCCUGCCCGCCAACUCCUCGCUGCUCUACUUCAACGUCUCUCACAACGCCCUGACGGGCGAGCUGGGGUCGGGGCUGGGGGGCAUGCGGCUGUUCCGUCAGCUGCUGCUGCAGGCGGUGCAGGACGAGGCGCUGCAGGGCUCCAUGCCCCCCCAGCCCCUCUUCGACAUCUCCUCCAACCACAUCAACGCCACCUUUCCCCUCUGGAUGCUGCCGCACCUGGCCAACCUCUACCUCGCCUCGCCCUACGACUACAUCCCCCUCACCCUCGCCCUGCAGCCGCAAACGGUGACCGGUGGCGGCGGGCUGGUGUGCCCCGCCACGGGGGCCACCCUGCCGGAGGGGGUGGCGUACCUUGAUGACCUGCAGCAGCUGUACGACCUGACGUGCCUGUACAACGGCGUGCCCACCAACAUCAGCACCUACGUGAACACCGCCAUGGCCAAGAUCAAGCCGCCGCAGCCGCCACGACCGCCGCCCCCGUCGCCGCCCGCCCCGCCGCCGCGCCCACGCAAGCGGCCCCCACCCUCCCCCUCUCCAGCCCCCGCCAAGAAGCCCCCGCCACCCGGCGCCUCAUCCGCCUCCUCGCCUUCACCUUCGCCUUCGCCUAGCGGCGGCUCGCCUGCUCCCUCCCCCUCCUCCUCCCCCAUUAACAACGGAAACAACUCCCCGGCUCCAGGGGGCGCCCAGCAGACACAAACAGACGGCACUACCAAGAAGAGCAGCAGCGGCAUGUUUGCCGCUGUGGGCGGCGGGGCGGGAGGCGGUGCGCUGCUGCUGAUCGUGCUGCUGAUCGUGGGAGUGGUACUGUACCGCAGGCGCAACACCCGGCGAAGUGCCUACGAGUCAAAGCGCACCCCGCUCACCUACAACGCCACCUUCGAGGCCCAGUCCGAGGGCACCGCUUCCAACUACGGGGAGCUGCAGAUGUUUGAGUUCCGCACCAAUGAACGGCCUACGCGACACAGGGCGCGAUUACAGUAGUGUAGGGUGCGCCUGCUACGGUUGCAGGCCUACUACCGGUAUCAGAGUAGGAGGAUGCGCCUUCUCCUAUUAAAGGAUGCGCCAACUGCCAUAGGAGGCUGAGCGUACUACAGUUUUGGAAUGUUCCUCCUAGUAGCUGCUAUCGGAGGGAGGGUUGGUUCCCAGGGACAGCGAGGGAUGCAGAGAGAAACUGCGCAUGCAAUGACAGCAGGGAUGGCGAUAGGUGGCCCUGUUCCGGGUCCGUAGUCACGCCUGCUUGCGUUAGAAGAAGUGGAACCGGUUGGAGAGGAGGAACCGCGUGUAGCCCGUGGCAGGGAGGAGCCCUGGUCGUGGUAUGGCUGCCCUGCUUAAAUGGCUUUGUACUCCGGAUAUCAGUGGACGGAACCCAUCUUGGACAUGUGGUGCGUUUCUUGCUGCCACAACUUAGCACGGCAGAGGGAUCGACAAUGGCCGCAUGUAUGUAUGUGUGUGUAUGCUUUACACAUGUGCUCUGGCGGCUGUGCUAGGAUAGUUGACUUCGUCCAGCUAGUCAGUCGUGAUUAGACUCCUCGUGAUCCCUGUGGGGGUAUUUCAGCAGCCCGGGGCACAUCCAUUAUGCGUGCAAGCGCCCGCGGUGACAGCUGCUGCAAGGGUGGUGUUUGCUUUCCAGUUGCGAUGGUGAGGGUCAGCGGUGGGGUUAGGAUGGUUAGGAUUGGACAUUACCUGCGAGACCUAGACCUCUUACCCAACUUUGACAUUGUUGCUAUAUUGUGUGCGUUCCAUCAUGAUCGGUGUUGACUAGACACGUGAGGCACAAACACGGCGACUCGCACAGUGCGUAGGAGGAGGACAUGCCACGACGUACGGCGCUUUGUAGCUUCCGUUGUUCCCGGUUGGGUUGAUAGUGGGUGUUGUUGUUGAGGUCCGGUGACCGUUGCCUCUCGCCUUACAAUAUGCGUGCAUGCACGUAAGGCUUGCAUGCAAAAUUGGUAUCGUUUUGACACGGCAGCCGCAGAGCUGCGAGGCGCUGCGGAUUGCGAUGCUCGAGCGUGUACCGGUAUAACGGUGACACCGAGGAUGUGGCUUGGAGGCAUGUGGCAGGGCCGACGCCAUGGGGCAUGUCACAACAACAUAGCCAAUAAGUAUUUUG